CCCAAGAAGGAAUUAACUGAAAAUGAAGUUCCAUAAAGACUAUCUGGAUUUGAUUUUGGUCCCUUUUGGGUUGCUGAUCAUGUUUUCUUAUCACCUCUUUCUGCUUCACAGAUAUAUCAAUAGGCCUCACACCACAGUCAUGGGAUUUGAAAACAAUGACAAAAGAGCAUGGGUUGACAGAAUUAUGCAGGCCGAAAAUAGGGAUGUUAGCACAGCUCUAUCUGUUAUUCAGUCCAACACAUCAGCUGCUACAUUCUUGGCCUCAGUCUCUUUGACACUUUCUUCUCUAAUUGGAGCAUGGAUUGCCAAUAAUUCCAAUAUUUUCUUGCAGAGUCAAUUAAUCUAUGGUGACACAAGCGCAACGGCAAUUUCCAUCAAAUACAUUUGCUUAUUAACCUGCUUCCUUCUUGCUUUCUCAUGCUUUAUUCAAUCAGCAAGACACUUUGUUCAUGCAAAUUAUCUGAUAAGUACACCAGAUAGUUUUGUUCCAGUUAGUAGUGUCGAAUUAGCGGUCAUAAUGGGUGGCGAUUUUUGGUCACUAGGUCUUCGAGCUCUUUAUUUCGCACUUAACUUGUUGCUUUGGUUUUUUGGUCCGAUACCUAUGUUUAUUUGCUCAUUAGUUAUGGUUCUUGUUCUUCAUUAUCUUGAUUCAAAUUCAAGGCCAUUGCAUUUGCAUCCUAAUAGAUCUCAGGGUGACAAGUUUCAGAUGGCAAUGAACAAUCUUGACUUAUGA